GACUGCGCCCGCGCCGUGUUAAAUCUUAUUUCAAGCCCUGUUCCCAGACCGAUGCCUCUUGUCGACCCCCAUAAACCCGCUUUCGCAUGUCAAAAUGCGCGCCCCUCCCCCCAUGCCGGACCCCGUAGAGUGGGCAGUCGGGCUGGGUCCCGGGCGACGGCGGCAACGGCCCCGGGUCGGCACCGAUCGGGCGUCUCCACUUCGGCGCCGCCUGCCCGCCCCGCCCUUGCUGGUCGCUUCCCAUCAGGGUGUCGCAUCACUCACUGCAUGCCCGCACCGAGCCCAUCGUCGAUGACGAUCCAUCGCCUGCCGACAUGGCUUCCGCCGCGCAAGCUGUUCUGUCGACGCCCGAGCUCCUCGAGGCCAUCCUCGUUGGCGUCGACAUGCACACAUUGCUCGUCUCGGCGACGCGCGUCUGCCGCCUCUGGCACGUCGUCGCCGCCUCAUCGCUCGCGCUGCAGCGCAGCCUGUUCUUCCAUCCCGAGAACGAGGACGACAGCUCCGGCGACCGCGACCGCAUCCCGGCGAAGAGGCAGAACCCUCUGCUAAGGCUCUUGUUCCCCGCAUGGUUCGAGUGCGUCUCGUCGUUCCGCCCCAGCCCUAGCGAGCCGCUUCAUCGCUUCCCCGCCACGGUGACCAUGGGCUACAAGCGCUUCCAGGAACUCCCGCUGUACGAUGCGAGCCUGCACAUGACGAGUCCCGGCGGCGGCGGCGGCGGUGGCGAUAACCCUUUCCUUCGCCCCCAAGCAUCGUGGCGCCGCAUGCUCACGUCCCAACCGCCCUGCCGCGUCGUCGUCGCCAGCGCCUCGCGCGAACCGGGCGCCUCGCUCAGCAAGACGCUCGGCCAGCCGCGCCUGCUGCGCUACCCGGAGGGGCUACGCAUGGGCACGCUGUACGAUAUGACGCUGCGACAUUGCAGCGCGCAGCACCGCGGGGGGCUCGGCAGCGGCGGCAGCGGCUUCAUGGUGGUCUGGGUCGAGGGCGAGGGCGACGAGGGCUACAUCGACCUGGCGCGGCACCUGCGGCGGAUGGUGGGCGUGCUGCCCGUCGUCUUCGAGAUGGGGUUCCGGCCGGUGUGGGAGAAGCGGCCGGACCUGGUGGUGCAGAUGCUUCACACGACGAGGAGGGGCGGCUCGGAGCUCGAGGAGGGCGCCCGCCGGUUCUGGGACAGGUGCGGUGCGGGUGCGUUGGGCGACGGAGGCGAGGAUGCCCCGGGAGCGGGUCCGGGGAAGCGGGAUGCGGCCAACGAUGGCAUUGACAUUGACUGGACAAUUGCCGAGGGAGUAAAUGAAUAAUAGGUAGGUACACGAAGGGUGUGCCGGCUGGCGGAACUGUAUGCAUUACACCGUUUCGCCUAGGAUCGUGAUGGAGGUCAAGGUUGCGGGCCGGGACGGGACGGGAUGCGCCAAGGCUGUUGCAAUGCCGAACGACCCAGUGAGCGAAGCACAGAAUGGUAGUAUGUAUACAAGAUCGUGCGUGCCUUUGACCGCACAACUGAGGCAAGCCAACAUGCGUCGACGUCUAGGUCCGUUGCCAACGCGGAGCAGCCCGUGUAAUACAGGCCCUGGUCUACGUAGAGUAGGGCGAUGCAGGAUGGCAGGCGCUAAUACAAGGAAGCAAGCCAUCUUGCGGGGGGGGACCGGGGCAUGGCAAAUCAUGGAUGGAAACUCGGCAGAUUGGGACCCGUCGUCGACGACGCCUCGAUGUCGCGUGAGGUGCA